AUGUUCAAAUACGCCGUUGUCAUCUUAGCCGUUAUUGCCUGUGCUGCUGCCAAACCCGGUUUAAUUGGUGCCCCCUUGGCUUACAGAGCGGCUCCCUUUGUUGCUGCCCCCGCUCCAGUUAUUACCGCCACCAGCAGUCAAGUUGUGGCCAGAACUUACAAUGGCAUUGCUCAUGCUCCCAUUGUUGCUCCAGUAGCACCUGUUGCCAGAGUUGUUGCUCCUGUAGCUCCCGUUGCUAGAGUUGUGGCUCCUGCCCAUGUUGCUCAUGUAGCUGCUCCUUUCGCUGCCGCUUACUCAGCUCCAGUUGUUGCCAGAUACGCCACAGCCGCUUAUGCCCAUCCUUUUGCUGCCAGAUACACUGCUCCUUUGGCAUACAGUGCCCCUUUGGCUUAUCCUCAUGCCGCUUAUGCCACAUCCUAUGCUUGGUAAAGAAUCAACAGUAUUAAGAAAUAUUUCUGUUUAAAAUUUUAUUGUUAUCCGUAAUGGACUGAUUUAGUUGUAAUAAAAAACAAAA